AUGGCUCCGAUACCAGCCGAAGUCGACAUGCACUCCGUGUUUGCCUCCAAGCAGAACGACCGCAUGAUUGAAAUCUACAUUGGCACCGAUCCAAACCCGCUUAAGAUGCCCGAGAGCGUCCUCCUCCGCACUUCCGAUUACUUCCGCGGCCUUCUUCAACGCGGCUUCAAGGAGUCUGACGGCGUCAUCCACAAGCCAGAUGACGACGUGACUGCCUGGAAGAUUCUGACCUUCUGGAUGACUGAACGCGGACUGCCACCUUACGAGGACUGCGACGAUGCUGAUCUUCUCAAGGCCUGGUAUUUGGCCGACUACAUGAGCAUUACCCAAUUGCAAGACGAUAUCAUGUUCUCCCUUCUCCUACACGCCCUCGCAGCCGUCGACACUGCUGAGAAAUACAUGGAACUUCUCAGGCAUACUCGUGCGGGCGCCUUGCCCCGGAAGUGUACGCGGAGAUGUUGA